AUGGCCGUCUUUGAGCUCGGCCUCGCGGUAGCGACCAGCCAGUCCUCCGAAUCAUCGACUUCGAGCCCCAAGCGCAAAGAGUCGGCAGGCGGCAAGUUUAACCUCUAUGGCGACGACUGGGAAGACUCGGUCGACUUUGCCAUCAAGUCGUUCGAGGACUUGCCUCAUCGCCUGUUUGGCGUCAAUCAGCACAUGAUCAUAAACUACGAGCUCAAGGAAGCCUUGCGCAUCAUGCUACGCCAGUUCAACGCGCCCAUCGUCUACUGCUUCGCGUACGGCUCGGGCGUGUUCCCGCAAGAGGACACGAGCGGCCGCACCAUCACUGAAGCCGAGUUUCGCGCGGUCCACCCCAAGCCUCCCGAAGCUCUGGUCAAGGCGCAAAAGGGCUCCCCCAAGAUGAUCGACUUCAUAUUUGGCGUGUCACACACGCAACAUUGGCACUCGAUCAACAUGAAGCAGCACCGCGACCACUACUCGGGCAUCGCCUCCCUUGGCUCGGGAUUCGUUUCGCGCGUACAAAACUGGGGCGCUGGCGUCUACUUCAAUCCGUUCAUUGAGAUGAACGGCAUGCUCAUCAAGUACGGCGUCACCAGCAUCGACAACCUCGUCAAAGACCUCUCCACCUGGGAUAACCUCUACCUCGCGGGCCGCCUCCAAAAACCUGUCAAGAUCCUUCGUGACCAUCCGCAGGUCCGCCUCGCCAAUCAACACAACCUCAUCGCCGCCGUCCGCACGGCUCUCCUCCUGCUCCCACCGGACUUUACUGAGACGCAGUUGUACAGCACCAUCGCGGGUCUAAGCUACCUCGGCGACCCCCGUAUGGCCCUGCCCACGGAGAAUAAGAGCAAGGUCGACAACAUUGUCAACAAUAAUGUCGUCCACUUCCGCCGGCUCUAUGCGCCUCUGAUCAAGACACUUCCAAACGUGGCCUUUACCAGCCCCGUGCGCCUCGACGACGAGGACUGGGUGCUCGACCCGACCGCCGACACCAAGCUGCAGCAGGACAUGGACCCUGUCAAGCGCGGGAACAUGGUUAGACGCCUGCCUCGCAGCUUUCGGUCCCGUCUCUACUUCCAGUACCAAAAGAAGUUUCACAUGCCCCGCGAGGAGUUUAAUCGCAUGAUGGAGGCGUCAUCCGACGACAGCGGCUCGAUCAAGCGUCGACAGGGCGGCGAGUUCGAGCAGCGUAUCGCUCGUGACGACCCAGAGGACCUGCAGCACAUCGUGCGCCAGGUCAUCAAGCAGACGGUCAACUGGCCGAGCACGACACAGAGCAUCAAGGGCCUACUCAUGGGCGGCUGGGGCCGCACCUUGAGAUACUUGGCCGAAAAGUACGCCAAGUGGAAGAAGGGCCGCAAAGAUGCUGAGGCCAAGCAGCCGGAAGCCAAGCAGCCGGAAGCCAAGGAUCGGCCAAAAACCGGCGACGAGGCGGGCAGCGAGAAGAAGGAAGAGUAA